AUGGGCACGACCCCAAUAUUCCAGCAGAUUGAUGUUCUCCUCGAUCACAGGCAAUCUCUUGAGGAAGGGAAACUGCAUUCCAUUCCUGUUGCCCAUCCUCUAGCCCGUCGGCCGAGUGUCCAGGACCUGCUGUGGGUAACAGGGCCCCUCCUGCAGAAUGGAGGGCCAGAGUCAUUUAGCCAGUUGAUGAGGAUUCUCUCUGAGCUCCUGUGUGGUUACCCAGAGGGGGGUGGCUCCAGAGUGUUUUCCUAUAACUGGUAUGAAGACAACAACUACAAAGCCUUCCUAGGCAUAGAUCCUUCCAGAAAAGAUCCUGUCUAUUCUUAUGAUAAGAGAACAACAUCGUUUUGCAAUUCAUUGAUCCAGAACUUGGAAGCAAACCCUCUAACUAAAAUAGCCUGGAGGGCAGCAAAGCCCUUGCUGAUGGGGAAAAUCCUCUUUACUCCAGAUUCCCCUGCUGUUCAUCAGAUAUUAAAGCAUGCCAACUCAACUUUUGAAGAGCUGGAUCGUGUUAGAAAGUUUCUCAAGGCAUGGGAAGAAGAUACUCUGGAGAAUCCAACAGUGAAAAACUUUGUGAACAAACAGCUGGAUGGGGAAGGAAUCACAGUUGAAGCCAUACUCAGCUUUCUCUAUAAUGGGCCUCAGGAGGGCCAGCCUAAAGACAUGGUCCACUUUGGCUGGAGGACUGUCUUCAACUUCACAGACCGCGCCUUUCGUCUGUUUCAUCAGUACAUGGAGUGCUUGACCCUGGAUAAAUUUGAAGGCUAUGAUGAUGAAAUCCAACUCACCCACCGAGCCCUCUCCCUGCUGGAGCAGAAUCGAUUCUGGGCUGGAGUGGUGUUCUCUGAUAUCUACCCCUGGAACAGUGAGCCACCACGUCACAUGAAGUAUAAGAUCCGCAUGGACAUAGAUGCAGUGGAAAAAACCAAUAAGAUCAAAGACAGGUACUGGGAUCCUGGUCCAAGAGCUGAUCCAGUGGAAGACUUCCGUUACAUUUGGGGUGGGUUUGCCUAUCUACAGGACAUGAUUGAACAGGGGAUUAUAAGGAGCCAGACCAAGGCAGACGUGCCUAUUGGAGUCUAUCUGCAGCAGAUGCUAUACCCCUGCUUUGUAGAUGAUCACGCGCCCGACCACACAGAGCACUUCACAGCUGACUACCUUAAGGCCAGUCCUACACCUGCUCACAGCUUCCAGGCCCUGGGGGCGGGCCACGUGGCGAGCGGGAGGCUCGGUGGGGGCGGGGCGGCCGCAGCUCGAGGGCAGGGGGCGGGGGAGCCGGGGCAGCCUCCUCAGUCUCUAGUGAAGGCGGCGGUGGCAACGGCCAUAGCUACUGUGCUGGAGCUGGUCCUCCGAGCUGGCCCUGGGAGGACGGACUCUGCCCCGUUGACAGUGGGCUGCGAGGACCUCCAUGUCCGCCCUGCGUACCUGUUGCUCCACCAGAUUUACAUUUUCUCUUACCAGAUGGACAUUAACUCAGGAUUUCAGAAGCACUUCAGCAAUUGCCAUGUUUUGGCAGAACUCUAGAAGCAACAAGAGUGGUUUAUCACUUGCUGAUUCUCUCUAUGAAGUCUUUUGCUGUUCCUAAUUCUAGAAACUGGGGAAUGGGGCAUUGUACCAAGAGCAACUCUUUGAGCAGCAAAAAUUCCAAAGCAAAUUGCUCUAUCAACUCCAUUAUUGAUCUGCAAUAAGUGAAGCAAUUGGUCAACAAAGUCAGGACGUUUGCAGUUGUUCCUCUGUUUGAAAGAAGCUGUCCUCUGAAGGUGUGUAUUAGUCAUUUUGUCUGAGAAGCAUCCCAGGAAUAGAAAACCAAAUGUGUGCAACUAAUAAUGUUUAUGUGUAUCUAACACUAUUGGUAACAAAAUUUCCCUUCAAUCAUUGA